AAACUUGUUGCGGUGCGUGGAAUUGAGUCGGGCAGGGGAAGAAAGAUUUCUGCACUGAAGUUUCUGAAUGAACGGCUUUUUGAAUUCUUCGAUGAGUAAGGUUGAGGUGCCUUGCAGAAUCUGAAGACGGGCAAACGCAACAGAUACAUUUACCUGUGUUUCCCUCAAAGUCGUGGAAAAAUGAAGCUCUGGAUUGGUGUGUUCACGCUAAUCUUGGCAGUGAAGUCCAUACACGGGGGGACGAAUACCAAUGAGCCAUGUGCUGGACGAGACUGCAGUUCAGGAGGAUGUGCGUGUCUACCGAUUAAAGGCAGUCGGGGUCGCCCCGGCACUCAUGGCCCCUUAGGAACCAGUGGCCCUGAGGGGUACCUCGGCAGCACAGGGCCCCUGGGCCCCAAAGGGGAGAAGGGCAACGUCGGAAGGAGAGGACUAUCAGGCAUCAAGGGAGACAAGGGACCAAUGGGUGUUCCUGGAUUCUCUGGCACAGACGGCGUCCCAGGCCACCCUGGUCAAGAGGGGCCCCGGGGACCUCUAGGAGGGGACGGCUGUAAUGGCACCGCGGGCGACCCAGGGUACAGAGGUCAGGAUGGCUAUUCUGGUGAUCCAGGUUCAUAUGGAGCAUCUGGUUUUAAAGGACAGAAGGGAGAGCCAAACUAUGUGAAUUUCGGAGGAAAUGACAUCACGGGUCCUGGUCGGUCUGGAGCGACUGGUGAACCUGGUCCCAUUGGUCCAGAUGGCCCACCAGGUGGACUGGGAGGAAGAGGCCCUGAUGGAUAUCCAGGUGUCGCUGGCCAACCUGGGCCCCCCGGCCCCACAGGGAGCCCAGGCCUAGGUUCUCAAGGAGAACAAGGAGACAAGGGAGAUGUUGGGCAGCCUGGCGUCCCCGGCCGCCCUCUGGUCAAUGGAGUGGUGGAGUUUGUGGGCUUUCCUAAAGGAGACAAAGGAAUGAAGGGUGACUAUGGUUUCAGAGGCCAACCAGGAAUUCAAGGAAGAUCUGGACCCCCUGGUGCUUUUGGAUAUGGAGGUGAAUUGGGUGAAAAAGGAAUUCCGGGAUAUCCAGGCGGACGGGGAGCUCCUGGUCUGGAUGGACCUUCUGGCCCUCCCGGACGACAGGGAUUCCCUGGAAGCAGCGGUUAUCCAGGCCAGCCAGGGUUUCUUGGCCCUAAGGGCGGACGGGGAGACCAGGGUGCACCUGGACCCAUCACAUAUGGAUCAUAUGGGGCUUCAGCCAAAGGUCCAAUGGGAGACACAGGCACUCCCGGCCUCUCAGGCGACCCAGGAGAUCAGGGUCCUUCAGGCUACCCAGGAGCCCCGGGUGCUCCAGGCUCACGCUCUUUUGCAACAGGUGGUCCAGGCAGUUCCGGGUUUCCUGGCUUACUUGGAGCCAAGGGAGAACAAGGAAACCAAGGUCGUCAAGGCUACGGGUCAGAGGGUCAACCUGGAGGUUCUGGCCUUCCUGGUGCCCCUGGUCUACCAGGACCACCUGGGAGAUCUGUCCCCUAUACUCAGUACCCUAGGGAGGUGCCUGGGCAGCGUGGUCCACCUGGUCUGACAGGCCCACCUGGGGGUCCUGGAUAUGCAGGCUCCAAAGGGGAGAUUGGAGACUGCCAGUGUCUGGGCGGAGGAACCUCGGGUCAAACAGGCCCUCAGGGGGGUUCUGGCUCUCCUGGUUAUCCUGGAGUGAAUGGUGCUAAAGGAGAGACUGGAGAUACUGGAGUAUCGGGCGGUGUGGGUGCGCCUGGAUCCAGUGGACGCCCGGGAGAGCGAGGUUACUUUGGUCGGAAGGGAGAGAAGGGCAACGCAUUCUUCCCAUAUGGCGUCAGUGGACAGAAAGGAGAACUUGGGAAUACUGGCCGUAGUGGACCUCCUGGGGAGAUGGGGAAACCGGGAGGAGAUGGACGCCCAGGAUACCCAGGAGCACCAGGGGCACCUGGUGAUGCUGGCUAUGGGGUGGUUGGAGAAAAGGGCUUUCCUGGAUUUCCUGGGGGGAAAGGACGUCCUGGCUUGCCAGGAGAACCCGGAACUGGCUACCAGGGAACCGCUGGUGCUCCCGGCGAGGCCGGUGAACCUGGUCUCAAUGGUUAUCCUGGCCAACCCGGCCCUCCUGGGCCUGCAGGUGACUACAGCUGUGGGCAGGCGGGGCUUAAUGAUGCCUCUUUCGAGGAGGGAGGAGUGACAAUACCCUGCAGAAUCCCUGGAGAAAGUGGACCACCUGGUUAUUCUGGUCGACCUGGUUCCCCAGGCUCCAAAGGCCAACCUGGCAACCCAGGACCCAGUGGACGACCUGGUUUUGACGGGGGAAAGGGUGAGCGAGGUGUCCCGGGUUAUGGAGGUCAGGCAGGGCCCCAAGGCUUUGCUGGGCCUAGGGGAGACCCAGGGGCACCAGGUGCCCCAGGUGUAGGCUACCCAGGAGCACAAGGGAAGAAUGGUCUUCCUGGUCUGCCGGGAGCCAAAGGAGAGCCUGGUGUCGUGUACGGAGCCUCGACUGGAGGUCCUGGCCAGAACGGUCUGCCUGGAUCACCGGGAGACAAGGGCUUGCCUGGAAACAAUGGACUGAGUGGAGCACCAGGUGGGGAUGGAGUUCCCGGGAUACCAGGACCAAAGGGGGAGCGUGGUCUGGAUGGGUACCCAGGCUCUGACGGUCUUGCUGGCCCACCAGGUGAGGUCCCACUGGAGGGUGUAUACGGAGCACCAGGACCUUCAGGAGGCAAAGGAUAUCCUGGAGCCACAGGCUGUCAAGGGUUCCCUGGACAAAAAGGUGACCCUGGACUCCCUGGAGCUCAAGCACGUGGUGGCCUGAAGGGCACACCAGGGUUUCCAGGUAGCAAUGGAUCACCUGGUCCAAGAGGCCCCCCUGGACUCCCUGGACCAGGAACACGUGACGGCAUCCCUGGAAUACCAGGAGGAAAGGGUGAAAAGGGCUCUCCUGGAUUGAUUGGUUUCCCUGGAAGAGCCGGUACCCCGGGUACGCCAGGGCGCCCUGGUGAAAAAGGAUUGCCUGGCUUCUCUGGAACUGAUGGGAUACCCGGAGGACCCGGAAAUUCUGGAUUAAAGGGAGACAGAGGCGAGCCUGGAUAUCCUGGACGUCCCUCUGUACCAGCGGGAGUUGAACGUUUAGAGAUCGGUGAUCGGGGUGACCCUGGAGCCAAUGGACUCCCAGGAUUCCCUGGGCCUAGAGGUGAUAAAGGUUACCCGGGGCAGCCUGGUCGUCAAGGACUGCCUGGUUUACCUGGUUUUGCUGAUCAGGCUAAAGGGGAACCUGGAGUGCCUGGUUUUCCUGGUCGCUCUGGAGGUCCCGGUUAUCCAGGACCUAAAGGCUCUCCUGGUAUCAUGGGUUUCCCAGGCACAACCGGUCCCAGGGGUGAAGAUGGACAACCUGGUUUGCCCGGUAACUCAGGGGGUCCUGGGACGCCUGGUGCUAAAGGUGAAAGAGGGGAAUCCUUUGGCUACCCUGGAGCUCCUGGUGCAAAGGGUGCUGCUGGAUUGCCUGGAAUUCCAGGUGGACCAGGGGGCCCCGGUGCUUUAGGUGACUCUGGAGCGCCCGGGGGAUCUGGGUAUCCUGGGCAGAAAGGGGGUCCAGGAGAAGCAGGAAGACCGGGCCUAACGGGCACCCCAGGAUUUCCAGGCACCCAAGGUCUGCCAGGGUACCCUGGACAGAAGGGAUUGUCUGGAGAACCAGGCAGGCCAGGGACACCAGGAACAUCAGCAGAUAAAGGUUUACCCGGUGCACCCGGUUUGGACGGACUUAAUGGCCUCCCAGGAGCUAAGGGAAUACCAGGAGUUCCAGGUGGGGGUGGUCCUGGUAGAUCUGGGUCUCCUGGUGCUAAUGGUCUGAAAGGAGAGAGAGGAUCAUCUGCCCCUGGAGGACCAGGCCGUCCAGGUGGAAAAGGAGAGAGAGGAGCUUCAGGUGGCUCUGGACAGCCAGGCAUCCCUGGUGCCCCUGGGCCUCGUGGCGCAAGUGACAUCUCAAACAUCCCUGGGCAACUGGGAGACACUGGUCUGCCAGGACUGGAUGGACCAAGAGGUUCCCCUGGUCGUGUGGGUGCCCCAGGUCCCUCAGGCCCAGCCACGGUGCAAGGAGACAGAGGAGCACCUGGCAUCCCUGGAAUACCUGGCACUCCUGGGCAAAAGGGAGAGCCUAGUGGCAACGGAAGACCAGGAGGACCUGGUAGCCCCGGUUUCAAAGGGGAGAAGGGUGAGACGGGCUACAGAGGACUCUCUGGACCACCUGGUUAUACAGGAGAUCCAGGAUAUUCUGGAGGAAAAGGACAACGAGGACCACCUGGUGCUCCUGGUCGUAAGGGGCUUCCAGGUGUUGCCUUGCCCACAUAUACAGAAUACCCACGUGUCUUUGGGGACCCUGGUUUUCAUGGUUCUAAUGGUCUGGGUGGUCCGGUCGGAAAUCCAGGACAGCCUGGUCUGCCAGGGGCACACGGUCCCAAAGGUAAAGUUGGAGCCAUUGGGAGAAUAGGUCCUAGUGGUCUUGAAGGCGGCCCCGGUCCAUCAGGAGACCCGGGAUCACCAGGAUUCCAAGGACCCACUGGAGAGUCUGGCCCUCCUGGUAAACAGGGACUGCCAGGACCCCCUGGCUACGCAGCGCGCAGCAGUAGCGUUGGCUUUACACUGGUGAAGCACAGUCAAUCCAGCCAGGUGCCUAUGUGCCCCCAGGGCAUGGCCAGGCUGUGGGAAGGCUACAGUCUGCUGUAUGUAGAGGGACAGGAAAAGGCUCACAACCAAGACCUGGGUUUGCCCGGCUCCUGUCUCCCCCGCUUCAGUACCAUCCCCUUCCUGUACUGCACUUCCAACGAGCUGUGCUACUACGCCAGCCGAAACGACAAAUCCUAUUGGCUGUCAACCACCGCACCCAUUCCCAUGAUGCCCGUGGGCCAGGAACAGAUUCCACAGUAUAUUAGCCGUUGUUCAGUAUGUGAAGCUCCCUCUCAGGGUGUAGCUGUCCACAGCCAGGAUCUCACCAUCCCUGAGUGUCCUUUCGGAUGGAGGAGCCUAUGGAUAGGUUAUUCAUUUCUCAUGCACACUGCUGCAGGCGCUGAGGGUGGCGGCCAGUCUCUGGUGUCACCAGGUUCCUGCCUGGAAGACUUCCGGGCUACACCUUUCAUCGAGUGCAAUGGAGCACGUGGCACCUGCCACUACUUUGCCAACAAGUACAGCUUCUGGCUAACCACCGUGGAGCAGAACAGGCAGUUUACCGGUGGCCCCGCACAGGACACAGUCAAGGGGGAACAGAUGCGCACCCGUGUCGGCCGAUGUCAAGUGUGCACCAAGAAUUUGUAGCCAUGUUGCUCGGAGAAACGAGUGAAACGUAUAAGCAAAACAUGCUUGCACCAGAGGUGCAAGAAAAUACUGAAAAGCAAACCUAUUGACUGAUAACAACAUCCCCAUCCCUCAGCCCUUCAUUCUGAUCUUUAUGGGGUUUGAGGUGGAGUUUGAGGGGUGAUGGGAACAUUUAAUGCUCUUAUAUGGAGUGUUGUGGGGUGGGGAGAGGAUUUCGUGUGACUGCUCUACACUAGUUUAUUAUCAACAGUGGUGCUACUUGUAUAAUUGUCUUCUUUGUUUUCAUUUUCUAGUUGUUUGUCUAAGAUAUUCACGGCUACCUCGGAGAGUGCACCCAAAGCCCUUGGAUAGCACUGAAUUGCCAAUACACCUCUUAAUGAUUACACUACAGCCAUAAAGCAGAGAAACCAUAUACACUUGGCAAGUGGAUUUUUUUGUACACGUUUUAGAUAAUUAUGUAAGCUUCAAUAAUUCAAAAUGGUGCUUCUCGAAACUUAAUUCUUGAAACAAAUUCUCUCUUUUAUCACAAAGAUAAGUCAAAGCACUUUGUAGUUCACACAGAUGAAAAGUGUGCCCUGUGAAAGUCAGUCAACAAAUAGAUAUAUACUGUAUCUGUCUCUUUAACGUAUUGCACUGAUGAGAAUGUUUUGAAUGAGUUGACAUCAACCUGGCCUUAGGGCACUGUUUAAUGUGUCAGAACCAGGAAUGGGCUCAGCCUCGUGACACCAUAAUACUGUAACAGAUCACAGUUAUAUUCCCAUACUACAUAAAUUGUAAUGUUCUACCAUGUAGUUUGCCAAAUUUCAUCAAAACGCUGAAAUGAGCCUCCUUCGCUAACUAGAAAGAGAGACAGGGUUUGUGGAAUAGUAUACCGCUUUAGAAACACAAAAUUGAACAAAUGCCACUAGCAUGUGAUUUUCUCUGUUUUCUUACUUCAGAUGACCAAAUGUAUUAUUGUAUUCUUACUCAAUGAUAUUACAAAAAGAAAAACAACCACAUUAAGACUAAAGAUCUGACUGAAAAUAAUUAAUAUAUUGACACGCUUCCUGUUACUUGCUAGAAAAGUUAAGCUACAUUUGAAAUCAUUAUCAUUGCUUUACAUUUGUAGUCUCUUUAUGGGCUGGCCUUCACUGUGUCAUGCUUCCUGUCCUGUGUCUCCUCUGUUGCGACAGUAAGAAGUGUCCCAUAUGGGUGAUGUGUAACCACUAUGCCGCUCAGUCUCUCACUGGUAGCCAUGAGUACAUCUUUAACAUUUCUUUUCCUGUGUCACAUGUGUAUGUACACACUUAUACUGUAAACUAGUUUACUUCAUUGAGAUUUGAAAACAUAAAAAGACAUAUAGUGAUUCUGUACAUUUUUAGGUGGAACAAGCUUUUAGUUUUUGUUUUAUAAAAUUACAAUCUAUGUUAAUUCAUUGUUAAUAAAAGUACAUACGUGCAAAUAUUUUAAUAACACAGAUGGCUGAUUUACUUUUGCUCUUUUGGCAUUAUGGCUAUGCAUAAUGUGUCAGAUUUGGCUUUGAUAGAGAUAAAUCUGUGAAUAUGUUUUGCAUUCAUACAGGUCACGCUGGGGAUGUUAAUAUUCCUAUUAUUAUCAUGUGGUCAUGAGAAUGUUUUGUUGGGUGACACUGAGAAUGGAUCUAGUUAAAAUUGUAAUUCCUGUGCUCACUAUGAAAUAAAGUUUUAAAAACAAUGUCAA